AAUACUUGUGUACCCGUCCCUGAGCUGCACCAUAUGUUCCAUACUGUGUUGUAAGUUGUAAGAUAUAACCACUGACCACAGAGGUCAGUAGUUCCUGUACUUCGUACAGAACUACGUGAUAUUUCAUUAAGCGCGCACCCAAUCAAAAAAUACCGUUGCAGAAAAAAAUAUGGUCUUGUUAGGUGUUACGGUUUGAUGAUGAACUUGUAUCUCGAUCAUUGAUGUGAUUGUUCCGUCUCUUCGUUUCCCCGUCAUCACAGUACGGUACUCGUACGUAAUAUGUACUCAUACCCCCAUGUAAUAGUACUAGAAAUAAUCAUUACUUCUUCGUACUUCCACCAACCAGAAUCAAAGAACGACAAACGAUGAAGUGAUGAGACGACAUACCCGUACCUGAUACCUUCAUCGGCAGUUUCGGCAUCAUUCCAAUUUUUUUAACACCACAAUCGCAAAUUAGGUUUGCUGCUCUUUACUUGUUUCUUUAGACUACGAUGAAGUCCGCAAGAGGUCACACCGGUAGCUCUAGUUCUCCAAUCCUGAUAAGAGGAGCUAUGUUGCUACACAGGGUCGCAGAAUUUGCGAUUUUUGCGGUGCUCGCUAUCGCCACGACCACGAUUUUUUCGAACGUUGUGGCGGGAAGAGGAGGAGUUGGUCCGGUGGCAGCGGAAUCAUCGACCGCGGGGCCGUUUGCGGAUGCCUUUGCUCCGACGUACAUCGCUCCGGCCAUUUCGAGACACGCUCGGCACUAUGUCUCCAUCCACACAAACACCAGACCAGAGUCUCCCGGAGGUUCUUCCCUUGCCGCCUUAGCGGCGGCAAGCGAUGUCCCGAGACUCGGCCCGGACGAUCUGGAAACCCUGAAGUCACAGGGAUACGUCGUUGUCGAAGACUUUCUGCCGAGCGACUCGGAAUGGAAGAAUUCCCUCCGUUCCGAUGUUUUGCAGCUGAGAGAGAAGAACAAAUUCAAGAUAGCCAGAAUCGGGCAGGACUCGACCAACACGCUCAACGAGGAGAUUCGGGUCGCCGAGACCUGCUUCCUGGGCCGCAACAAGGCCGAGUUGAGGGACGUUCCCAGCGCCGACCGAGAACGCCUCUACGAUGUCCUGGACGCCCUGCGACAGGACCUGGAGGACCACGGCGCAAAGGGAAACAAGCUCGACGAGGGCCUGUCGGAAUUCCUGUACGCCUACUACCCCACCGGUGGCUUUUACCGCCGGCACCGUGACGCCAUCAAGGGAUCCGCCAGCUUUCUCCGGGAGUAUUCGCUGCUCCUGUACCUGAACGACGAUUCCUACGACGCCGAGACCGACGGGGGCCGGCUGCGGAUCCACAUGGAUUCCGGGGGCGACUUUUUGCCGGCCGGGGAAGCCCCUCUUUUCCAGGACGUGGACGCCUGCGGGGGGACGCUGGUCCUCUUCGAGUCCGACCGGUUCCCCCACGAGGUUCUGGACACGGUCCGGGAACGCUUCGCGGUGGUGGGGUGGUACAACCGUCCCAUGUCGAUCGGGGACCUGGCCUCCAUCAACAGCGAAAGCGGCGGCGUCGGGGACAGCGCCUCGGAUCCCAUUCGGCUGGCCGGCCUAGCGGUGGCAGCUGGUCUGGUGACGGUCGGCCUAAUCAACCUGUUGGGAUCGUAAUGCGUGGCUUGGCAUGGCAUGGCAUCGCAACAGAACAGAACAGAACAGAACCACCGCCAGGGUUGUGUAUUUGUGUUCUCUGUAUGCCUAUUUUCUUCCGCGAGGCAAAGAAUCGCAGUGCCGAAGGCUAUUGCGUACGGAAGUGCAACCCAAGAACUAACACACGGUCGUUACAGACCGAAUGCCAUAAUGCAAUAGGAUAGACAACGGUGCAAUGCUAUACAACAUAUUU